CUGAUUUUUAUGCAAUAGUAUUAAGAAACCCUGCUAAUACAUUUCCGACGUUUAAAACACAGUUUUUAAAAUUUAAUUUCUAAUGAAUUCCAAAAAAUUUGAUGUGAUUAUUUUUGGAGCCAGCGGCUUUGUGGGAAAAUGUGCGGUAUUACAGGCAUUAGAUGUCUUGAAAGGCUUUGACUGGGCCAUAGCAGGAAGGUCGCAGCAUAAAUUACAAUUAGUAUUAAAUGAAAUUUCUCUUAAAACCGGACAAAAUCUUACAAAUAUUCCAAUAUUCCUAGCAAAUGCUUAUGAUUUGGAUAAACUAGAAGAUGUAGUGGCAAAAUGCAAGGUUCUAGUUAAUUGUUGUGGACCUUAUCAAUUGUGGGCUGAAAAUAUUUUGACCACCUGCAUCAUGCAGGGUACCCAUUACGUAGAUAUGUCUAAUGAUCCAUAUUUUAAUGAAUUAAUAGAACUUAAAUAUCAUGAAAAAGCUUUAGUGCAUAAAGUAUUUGUUAUAUCGUCCUGUGGUUUUCAUAGUUUUCCCAUGGAAGUGGCUUUAAAUUAUGUGAGGGAACAUUUUAAUGGUACCGUUAAUAGUGUGGAUGCUUUUGUGCGUUACAAUUUUGGUUAUUAUUUUUAUUUUCCACUACAUUCCAUAUGGUCAAGUGCUGCUUGGUUUAGUUUAUUGUGGUCCUGUGCUAAAGUUGGAGAAUUAUCCUUGAUUAGAGAUGAACUGCGUCAAGAACAUAUGCCCAAUUUAUGGCCCAGACAAGCCAUUGAAGAACUUUCUCACAGAUCAAAAUACCAAGAAGAAGGCAUCAUGGUAAAUUUCCCUUUUAUAGAUCAGCAAUCGGUUGAAAGGUCUCAAUAUUUUUGGUAUGUCCACAAUAGGAAGAGGCCCAUACAGUUUUGCAAAUAUAUAGAGUUUCCUUCCUAUUUUUGGGCUUUUCUCUUUAUUAUAUGGUGCUUAAUUAUAUGCAUUCUGGCCCAAUUCGAUAAGACUCGUAAAAUAAUGAAUAAUUAUCCAAAAUUAUUUUCAAUUGGCUUGUUUUCUGAGGAUGGGCCUAAUCCUUAUCUGCUUGAAAUGUCAUCUUAUAAAAUAAAAUUGCAGGCGAAGGGUUGGUCUGGUGCAAUGGUGUACCCAAAACUGGAUAUAAAUGAUCAUUUUAUAGUGGAUCGCCAUAUGAAUAUUGAAAUUAGUGGUGAAAAUCCUUUUUAUGGUUGCGGUUGUGUUUGUAUGCUUGUGAGUGCUAGAACUAUACUGGAGGAGCCGGACAAAAUGCCGGGAAGGGGAGGUGUAUAUUCACCCGGUUAUGCCUUUCACAAUACCAGUAUUAUAGAUAAAUUUCAAAAUUUUCAAAAUUAUUUGCGCAUAAGAGUGUUAUAAAGGUAAAAUGAUUUUUACCAGCAUAUGCCUGAAAUUCAACUCCUAAAAUUUUGAUUUGAAAGAUAACGAAUAAAAUUGAAUACCAAUUAUUUUGCACAAUUGUUUAAAACUGUUUAAAUUUAAAUGUAUCACAAAAUAAUAUACAUUGAUCAUAUCUUCUCAAAUAAACAUUGAACAUUGUAUUACAUUGUUAAACUAAAAAAAAAAAAUAAAUAAACACAUACUUAAAUAUGGUACAAUAAGUUUCCACAUGAAAACAUAAAUUUAUGUAAACAAUUAAAAGUUUUAAACCACUGCCCC